UCCAGUGAUCCCCCCUCCUCUGUUUUCAGCCUUUAAAAGCAGAACAAACACAUCCCCUCAUCCCUUCCUUAGAAUUGAAACUUCUUUCCUCCCUUGUUCAACAAAAAACACUAAGCUAUACUUGUAGUAUUUGAUAUUUUUCUCUCUAAAAAAAAUGCCAAUAAUAAACAUAAAAAAUAUCAAAGGCAUAGAUUUCUCCUGUGCCUCACCAGCAUCAACAGCCAUAUGUUCUAGUACAGACCAAAAUUUCAUGGUUAAAAACACCACCAAAUCCCUUAACCGCUUAAAUUCCUACUUAAAUGACCAUUACAAAAAUACCCUUAAUCAGCAUCAAUCAUCUUCUCCAAGAGCACCUUGCAUCUCUGAACUACCCUUCACUCCUAGACUCUCAUCCUCCUUCCGCGAAAAAACCCGAAAAAAAUCUCCUUCUCCCUCUAUCGUCAAACACAGUGAUCUCACUCCUAGAAGAAAAAGCACGGCCGAUAUCGCCGAUGUUCGACGUCGGUACUACGACAAAUGCAGUAACAACAGUAGCAUUCUGAGUCCUCCUCAUAGUCAUUCCUCUAGGUACCUUUUAGGUGAGUCUAAACUUCUGGAUUCCCUUUCUGAGUCUCAUCAAAAUGUUACUAAUUAUAGAAAGAGUAGUAGUGAUGCUCUGCCGUUGGUUCCUAGUACUCCUCUACUUGUUAGCAGAGAAGCUCAUGAAACCAAGAGUUUUGGAUCAUUCUUGGAUGUUCAAAAAGGAAACAAGUCAUUAACGAUUGUUAAUCCUAGUGAUCAAAGACUGAUUAAGUCGAGUAAAUAUGAUUAUGAUGGUCAUAAUCAGAGGCACAAGAGUAUGGGUUAUGACACUAAUGCCAGAAAUGAUUCUCUUGUUCUUAAGAAAUCGUCGUCUUCUGCUGCUCGAUCUCGUGACCAGGUUGUGGUACUGAGGGUAUCAUUGCAUUGCAAAGGUUGUGAAGGCAAGCUUAGGAAACAUCUCUCCAAAAUGGAAGGAGUGACAUCAUUUUCCAUAGAUUUGGAAACAAAAAAAGUGACGGUGAUAGGAAAUGUGACUCCAUUGAGUGUAUUAACAAGUAUUUCAAGGGUAAAGAACGCCCAAUUCUGGCCAUCAGCAGCAUCAGCCUCGCCAUCAUCGUCCUCUUCUUCUUCUUCAACUUCUUCGACAAUCGAUUUCAAUUAAUUUUAUUAUAUGUUCAUGGAAUUUGCUUCCAAUGUCAUCAACUUAAUGUGAAUUAAUUAAACUAAGGAGUACUAGGUUGAGAUGGUUUCUUAUUACGUUAAGUUUGUCAAGUUGUAUAAUCAUUCCUGUUUUUUAUCCUCAAAAAAUUGCUUUAUUAAUUUCCUA